CAGCCUGUAGGGCUCGGCAGAACUGAGUGAUCCCUGAUGCCUGGGCGGCAUCGACACUGCUGGAUACACCGACUAGUAAAACAUGCAAGACAUGUUCCGGGAGCAGGAUUCUGGGGACCUGAGAGCAGCCCUUGCUAACAGAAUUGGUUCGGACUCAGAACUGGUAUCCGCUUGCUCCAGGCCGAAAGAUACAGAAGGAAGGCAAGCUGAGGUCUGGGACCAGCUUUUCCCAGGGGACUGGGCGGGGCAGGCUCCGGGCCACGGAAGCGAUAACCAAACCAACCUGCAGCGAAACCCUGAGAAGGGGCUGGAGAAACCAGCCCGACGCAGGAACGCUCCCCAGCCCGCGUCGCGGCCAGCCUCCCGGCCUUGCACUUCCUCCCGGGCCCAACAGGGCGGCGAAACUCCCGGGACCCCAGCCGAAUUCCUCCGGGAGGCGACAUUAGGGCGGGCAGCCCCAGGCACCGAGCCAAACCCAAUCUGGGCUCAAAAUGACCCCCGCUUUCUCCCCGCCCCGGGAACCGCACUGGAUGCGCAGCACACGGCACUCAGGGCCCCGUCCCCCCACCUCCACCCCGGCACCUCGUCGGCAUCCCUGCCAAAAGGCCAAGGAAGUCAGGAAUCCACAGUGCCGCGUCAUCCCCGAAGGCCACAGCCACGACGUGGCCUCUGCUUUCCCCUCCGGCCGCCCACAAAACUGGGUGCUAGCACUGCUGGCCCUCGGGCGCCCGCUCCACCUUCUCCGGGGCCCCGCACUGGCUCCGCCCGGCCCCGCCCCGCACACUCACCUGCGCCGGCUCCGGGCUGGGCGCACCGCCGCCUCCCUGCUCGGAUCCGAGUCCACACCCGGGGAACUAGGCAAAAAGGGGGCCCUCGUCGGGAGCGGGCCCGAUGGACGGAACUUGAGGCGCGCCCAGGUGGAGCCGAGGGCGGCGCCCCAAAUCUCCAGGACCCUGGCGGGAGGAGGCGGCGCCGGAGCGCGGAGCCCAGCGGGGGAACAAAGAGGAGCCGGGAUGGGGCCGCGCGCUUCCUGGGUGUCGGGUGACAGGUCUGCAAGGGAAGGCCCCGGCCGAGCCACCUGAGGAGGAGCCUCUUCCACGCGGCAGGCGGGGUAGGGCUGGACGGGCACCGGACCCCAGAGGCAGACGAACGGGGUGCACCAGGUGUGACGACCGCGUCCGAGGAAGGAGGCUGGCGGGCUCCGGCGCCGAGACCCCGGGGCUCGACGGAGUGCAGAGAUAAUGACUCCGGGAGGGUUUUACCGCCCCCAGCGCCCCGCCCGCCCCCCGCGCCGCGCCAUUGGCUCAGGUGCUGUGAGGCGGGGGAGGGACGGGAGGCGGACCGAAGAUGAUUCACCUUGAAGGUUGCUCCGGUUGGUGCGCGUCGCAGGGCACGCCCGACCGGGACUGCGGAUACGUCGCGAGCCCCGCCCGUUCGCCCGACCCAGCUGGGUUUGGCCCCCAGGGGGUCCCGCUGCCCACUUUCUGUUCUAGCCUCCUCCCUUGGGCUGGGGUGCCGCCGGCCGAAGUGCGCCCCGAUGCCCUACCAUCCCACCUCCCUAUGAACCCCUUGCUAGCCAAGGUGUGUUGUAGCACGGCAAACUUGGAAAUCCGACUCUGGGCUGGGGGAGGGGAAGUGCGUUUGGAGGCCAGGAGUUACCGUGGGACCACACUGGACGGUUCUCGGCAGCCCGAGAACUGGCCACAGUCGGUUCUGCCUCGGUGGGAGCACCUGAGGGUACAGAGUUGGAGUGGGCACCGGAGGCUUGCCACGCGUCCUAACCGUCCCUUGCCCUAGCCCUGAAGCCUCACAGGUGUCUGGCCGCCGCCGCCGCCGCAGGGAACAAAGACCGCUUGUCCCGGAAGGGGGAGGGGAAGGGAAGCCGCCCCCAGACCCUUUCCCCAUCUCCAGUCCUUCCCCUCCACUACCGCAGUGGGUCCCCCGGGAGGGGGCGGGGCCAUCUGGGGCGAGGACCAGGAUUAGAUCCCUAGGACCCUUCUUAGCUAGGAUGCCACCCCAGAGCCUUUGGAGAGGGGCCAAGUUAAGGUACACCCUAGCGGUCCCGGUGGAAGUGGCCUCUUCCUUCUUCCUAGCAUCCUGAGACCAGAGAGUGCCCUCAUCCCCCUCCCCUGCUUCAGGCGCACUCCCAUUCCCUGCCGCGCCCGGCUGCCCCAGACGGCAAGCACAGUUCAAAACCAGAUUAAAAUAAAACGUUAAUCCGCCUU